GUUGAUUGAAGUCAUCGCAUCGUGGGAGGUCCAUUUAACUUGUACGCUAUUAAGUCACAUGAAAAUAUCUUAUUGAUUGUAGAGCAUGUGGCAUUUUCACACUUCAUGUGAAGUAGCGAUGUCCGUAGGAAACUAGAUGUCAUCUUCUCUAUCACACUGAGCAAUGCCUGUUUUGUUUUGCCCUUUUUGCCACUCUUUAUUGAUGAUUCAAGAGUCGGCUCACUGUUAUUCAUUGAACUGUUCUGCUCCUAUUUGUUCUUACCGGUGGUUUGUUACACAGCCACUGGUUUUAGAACAUAAGCCGAGGCAGGAUUUACGCUUACGCUUAGAAGAGGAUGCUGUUUUUUCGGUUGAAGAUGAAUAUAGUUCUUCUGCUCAGAUAGACGAGAAGUGCCCCAAAUGUGAUCAUACACGAGCGUAUUUUGUUCAGAUGCAAACCCGUUCAGCUGACGAACCUAGCACAAUUAAGUAUUCGUGUAUGAAGUGUCACCAUAUUUGGACCGAACAAUAAAAAUCACCAUGUGUGUAUAUCCUAUUGUACCAACACUGACUAAUUCGCACAUCUUUUGUAUAGUCAAACUCAUAGUAAUCUCUUGAUAAUCUGUUUAUUUUUGUAUUUGAAAGUUAAAUGUAUUAUCUCACUCCAUACAAUAGUUCCUUUUAUUUCACAUACGACUGACAAUAAACGUCUGAAUUUUGAAGUAAAAUAUAACCUGUUAACUUA